AGCUGCAUUAUAAAGCGUUACUGUGAGAAGAGGUUCGUUCCCAAAUACCUGGCGACUAUUGGGAUCGACUACGGCGUCACAAAAGUGCAGGUUAGAGACCGAGAGAUCAAGGUGAACAUCUUCGAUAUGGCGGGGGACCCACUAAGGCAGACCCGACUCCGGGUGAGGAACGAGUUUUACAAGGACACGCAGGGCGUCAUCCUGGUCUACGAUGUGGGACAAAAGGAGUCUUUUGACGCGCUGGACGCGUGGCUGGCUGAGAUGAAGCAGGAGCUGGGCCCCCACGGGAACAUGGAGAACAUCGUCUUCGUUGUCUGUGCGAACAAGAUCGACUGCACCAAGCACCGCAGCGUGGACGAAAGCGAGGGGCGGCUCUGGGCAGAGAGCCGCGGCUUUCUUUACUUUGAGACAUCGGCACAGACAGGAGAGGGAAUCAACGAGAUGUUUCAGACUUUUUACUCUGCCAUCAUCGACUUGUGUGACAAUGGCGGGAAGCGUCCCCCCUCCAGCGUGGGGGUCGGCUUCACCAAAGAGCAGGCAGAUGCCAUUCGCAGGAUCCGCAACAGCAAGGACAGCUGGGACAUGCUGGGGGUCAAACCCGGAGCCACAAGGGACGAAGUGAACAAAGCCUAUCGGAAGCUGGCCGUGCUGCUCCACCCCGAUAAGUGUGUGGCUCCCGGCAGCGAGGACGCCUUCAAAGCCGUGGUGAACGCCCGGACUGCGCUUCUCAAAAACAUCAAAUAG